AUGGCGACAAAUGGCCAACCCAAGCCGCCAUCAUGGAAUCCAGCUGCUCUGCUUCAACCGAAUCGCAACCUAGCAGCUUCCUCACAGCAAGGCACGCCAUCGGACUUGUCCACAGUACAGGCAGGCAGCGCAUGGCUCACACAGCAAGCCAAUGCCAACGGUCCCCAGCUUUUCAAGUUCGAAAACCCUAACGAGACAACAUCUGGAGCCUCGACGCCUUCAUACAGCUCUGAGUCUGCGUCUGCUCACCCAACCACAUUUGCAGGUCCUGGCAACUGGAUCGAGAAGGUACACAAUGUGCAGGAUCGCUCAGAGGUUUCUGAGGCCAAACGUCGCAAAGUUGAUUCAGAAGAUUCGCCAGGUCGAAGCAAAAUCGCCAUGCGAAAUGCCAGUGGCAGUGGCGCACUAGGUCAAGCUCUCAAAGAUGCGAACGCGGACUCAAACGCCGCAGCACUUCCACAGACAGCCACUGUUGAUUUGACAAACGAAGUCAUCACGAUCGGCGAUCCUGGCGACGAUGAAGUAUGUUACGGCUUGCUCAAGUGUACGCUCAACUGUACGGUGGCACCAUCGUCCAAGUUUGGUGCACAGAGCACAUGGGGGCCGAACUACCAGCCAGUCAUCAAAGUCGUUUUGAAGCGAGUCAUGGCUGACAAGACAACUCGUAUCCAAGUCUACGACUACACGCGGGUGACCAUUGGCCAUGUGGAUCCAAAAAGCGCCUCUGCCCUCUCCCCUUUGCUCGAUGCGAACAUCCACCUGCGGACUGAAUGUCGCCUUCCACCGCAGCCCAAGGCGCCAGGAUCAGAGCCAGGAAAACCUGUGUCUCACGCUUUCAAGUUGGAUGUCACUCUUUAUGGCAAGAUCAAGUAUGCGAAGAGUGUUGGUGGAUGGCUCGAGAAACAGGAGCAGCGCCUGAACGCACCUACCAUGGGUCUCUGGUUUAUGCAGGCUCGCGAGGAACCUUACUAUUCAUCGUCUGUGCGCGCAGUACAGGGCGACCACCGGGAUCACGACAAGUGGCUGAAAGACCGCGAGAACAUGAUCCCCUCCCUGUGGAAGAAGGACCAUACGGCAUCCGGUGAAAUGAGGUACUUCAACAUCAUCACCCAAACAGAGCAACGCCAACCUCCGCCCGAGACUUUGGGCGGCAUUCUCGCCGAUGUAAUGGGCUUGGGCAAAACCCUCAGCAUACUCUCACUUAUCUCCAGCUCUUUUCCUGCGGCAGAACAAUGGGCUGCAACACCCGUCUCUCAACUGGCACCAGCGGACAGCAAAGCCAACAAACAGGAUGCUGUCACUUCGAAGCCAUCCCUCGACUUGGUAAAGCUGACGGUGAACGCCAAAACCACCCUAUUGAUCUGCCCUUUGAGUACCAUCACCAAUUGGGAGGAGCAGAUCAAGCAGCACACGAAGGAAAAUAGCAUUUCCUAUUACAUCUAUCACGGCGCCAAUCGCAUUCGAGAUGUUAAAAAGCUUGUUCAAAUUGUGCUUGACGAAGCGCACAUGAUUCGGGAGAAGAACACCUUGAACUUUAAGUCAGCUGUCCGUCUUCAUGCCCAAAGGCGAUGGGCAGUGACAGGCACGCCUGUGCAGAAUCGCCUCGACGACCUCGGCUCUUUGCUGGCUUUUGUUCGCUUGCAUCCAUUCGAGCAUCGCUUGAAAUUUAACCGUUACAUUCUCGAACCGUUCAAGGCUGCCGACAAGGAGGUCGUCCCUCGGCUACGCGCACUGGUCGAUACCGUCACCAUUCGUCGCUUGAAGGACAAGGUCCCCCUCCCUCCUCGUACUGAUUUGAUUGUCAGGCUUGAUUUUUCUCCCGACGAGAAGAAGCUGCACGACACGUUCAAGAGCUAUGCCAAAAAGCGUGUCGAUGCUUUGACGAGCGAGGCGGGUGUUGCGGGAGGGACCAAGCUUCCACAGAAUACUUAUAUUCACGUCCUCAAGUCCAUCCUCAUGAUGCGACUUGUCUGCGCGCACGGCAAAGAUCUUCUGAACGAAUCUGACUUUCGCCGUGUUCAAGGUGUCUCUGCCGACACGGCCAUUAAUCUGGAUGACGAGCCUGACAUUGAUGCCGCCACGCUACAGCUGAAGCAACAGCAUGACAAUUUCGCACUGCUGCAGCAAUCAAAUGGCGAUAGCUGCAUGGUUUGCCAAAAGAAGAUAGGCGCGAGCGACGAAGACGAAGUGGACGAUGAUGGGCUUGACGACAUUAUGGGAUACAUGACAACCUGUCUCCACGUCAUAUGCGCAAACUGCGCCGGUGACUACGUUCCUCGCUUCAAGGCUCACGUCCAGCGUAGCCGCGGAUCGUGUCUCACUUGCUAUGCGCCCACGUCGCCUGAGCUUGUACCGCUCCCUCGAUCACUCGUCGAGGCUGAGCACACGGGCGACGCCAGCUCGGAUGAGAGGCAAGAGGUCGAGGCGUUCAAGAACUACUUGGGUCCUCACACAAAAUCCAAAGCUCUCGUGGAGGAUCUUUUGAAGUCCAAGGCGCACAGCGAAGCCCAUCCUGAAGAGGCGCCGCUCAAGUCCGUGGUCUUUUCCGGCUGGACACGCCAUCUUGAUCUGAUUGAGAUGGCCCUCAAGCCUGCUGGCAUCAAAUUCGUCAGGCUGGACGGCCGCAUGACACGCCCUGCUCGCAGCGCCGCCAUCAAGCAGUUUCGCGAAGACGACUCGGUUCAUGUUAUCAUUAUUUCGAUCAGUGCCGGAGGCUUGGGGCUGAACUUGGUGACGGGCAACACCGCCUACGUAAUGGAACCGCAGUUCAAUCCUGCCGCUGAAGCACAGGCUAUCGACCGUGUUCAUCGUCUGGGUCAGAAGCGCCCCGUCCGCACUGUCAAGUACAUUAUGAACCAUAGUUUUGAGGAAGACAUGUUGGCCUUGCAGGACAAGAAGAAGCAGCUCGCGAGUCUUGCUGUCGACCGAAAGGACAAGUCCGAAGCCCAGAAGACGAGACUCGAAGACCUCAAGAUUCUUUUCAAGUAA